GAUGUGGGUGUCUGGACUCGUAUGAGGCAGGAGUGGCCGAAUGUUUCGACAUCGCCUUCCCGGCGUGCUUGAGCGGUAGUUGCUAAAGCUAGAUGUAGUGUCCCUAACGAGGAUAGCUGUUAGGGAAUCUCGAUCAAGAGGGAAUCGAUUUUCAAGUUGCUGGAUUCAGAGCCUUGGGAUUGCCAUCAUGGCUAUGUACGAAUAUGUCACUCAAGAGCAGCUGUCGGGCUUCGACAAGUACAAGUACAGCGCAGUGGACUCCAACCCGCUGUCUGUCUACGUCAUGCACCCCUUCUGGAACUCUGUUGUCAAGAUCAUGCCUACCUGGUUGGCUCCUAACCUCAUCACUUUCACAGGGUUCAUGUUCCUGGUCUUGAAUUUCGUCAUGUUGGCCUUCUAUGACUACCACUUCGAUGCUUCAGCUGACGGACACAUGCAUGUCCCCAGCUGGGUAUGGGUCACUGCCGGGCUCUUCAACUUCCUGGCCUACACUCUCGAUGGUGUGGAUGGAAAGCAGGCGAGGCGUACCAACUCCUCCACGCCACUAGGGGAGCUGUUUGACCACGGGCUGGACAGCUGGGCCUGUGUCUACUUUGUGGCGUGCGUCUACUCCAUAUUUGGCCGAGGGGAAACUGGUGUGGACGUGCUGACUCUGUACUACAUCCUGUGGGUGGUACUCUUCUCAUUCAUCCUGUCCCACUGGGAGAAAUACAACACUGGGAUACUGUUCCUACCUUGGGGAUAUGACAUUAGCCAAGUGACCAUCUCCAUUGUUUACAUCAUCACUGCGGUGGUCGGCGUGGAAACCUGGUACCAUCCAAUCCAAUGGCACGUCCUCUACAGAGACCUAUUCACUUUCAUGAUCCUAGGUUGUUCGUUCACUGUGACACUUCCUAUGAGCCUCUACAACGUCCUAAAGGGUCACCGCAGCAAGACUCUGAAGCACAGCAGUUUGUACGAGGCCUUCCUCCCCUUCCUCUCCCCGGUCCUCCUCUUCCUCCUCUCCACUCUCUGGGUAGUGCUGUCUCCCUCCAACAUCAUCCAGGAGCAGCCCAGAGUCUUCUACCUGAUGAUCGGAACAGCCUUCGCUAACGUCACCUGCAAGCUGAUCGUCUGCCAGAUGAGUAACACUCGUUGUCAGGCGCUGAGCUGGCUGUUGUUGCCCCUGGCGGCGGUGGUGUUGCUGGCAUUGAACGGUGUUGAUGAGACUGUGCUGCUGUACGUGUGGACGAGUGGAGUAAUACUGGCACACAUCCACUAUGGAGUGUCAGUGGUGCACCAGCUUAGCGACCACUUCAACAUCUAUGCCUUUUCUCUGAAGAAGCCCAACAGUGACUGACAAGACGAGGAGCGAAUCGGCUUGAAGGAAGCGGAGGUUUAAAGCCCUCCCACUUCCCUUUUGCAGCCAACCGACACUUCACUUUCAUCAUCACGGAAAACAGCCACCCAGCCUCCUCUACCCCAAGGACAUCUCUAUCCAGCUAGACAAUGACCCUCCUAUUCUCCUUCCCUCAACACACGCGCUUACCCUAACUCUGGAACCAUGAACAGUUUCAGUUUGGGGCAAGUCUUCUGGACUACAGGGGUGGUACUUUGGGUUCUGGGUUCCGUGAUUGGUGAUCGGCCAAUUGGUUGAGCCAAUGAGGUGUGCUUGUUUCCUAAGGAAAUGUGCUUCAGCCGCAAGGACAGAAGCCCAGACCAGCCUCACACACACACACACACACACACACACACACACACACACACACAUUCAUUCACACAACACUUACUUGACACAAACUCACACAUUCACAGGUUGUUGUACACAGACACUGUGCUGACACACGCAAACACCGCACAUCUUCUGAUCUGAGAAGGUGACACUGACUCAGUCUCAUGAAUGUACAGUAUAAUAUUGCCUUGGGGAAACAUCAUUUAGGUCUCCGUUAGUUUGAUAGACAGGCUUCACAAUAAUGCAGCUCCAGCCCUGACCUUUCACCUCUGAACCGUAACCAAGGGUACAACCACACCUGCUCCUGGGAGGUGCGUCAAGGUCUUGACCAGGGCAUGAAGGCGGAGUUUAAUCUAUUUUGAUCAGAUGUUCUGUACAAUUGAGAGGAAACUCUUUAUUAUUUAUAUAUUGAUGUUUUUUUAUUUAUAAAACGAAAUCUGAUAUGAAAUAGUCAGUGAUCCAUUUUGAAAUGAUCUCACACACAUAUACACAACACACUCUGGUGAUGGUUGUCUGAGUUUUAAUGAGGUCAUUUUCGACCAAUCAGGGUUAAGCCUUUUGGAGACAGGAGUAUUCAUACCACUAACCAGGUUGACCUCUGACCUGUCAACCUUUGACCCUUGAACCGUGACCCCUGUCUGAACGCUGACCUCCAGGCUCUCCUUGCCCUCUGAGGUGUCGUGUCAGCAUGCCGAUUCGCUCUUAAGUUCUUUUUGUUUUCACUUUUAAUUGUAUUUUUAUUUUCGUAUUUGUUAUUUCUUUCUCUGUUGCCGGGGGCGAUGCGUGUGCGUCGGUUGCGCUGAGCUUGAAUGAAGAGUGUGUCCCAAAGCCGUUUGCGGAGGGGACUCGCUCUGAGGGAACAAGCUGUCACUGGUCACCGCAAACUCCACGCCACCCUGCCGCAGACACAUCACAUGACUGUGCUCUCCAUAUUACUGUCACAGACACAUCACAUGACUGUGCUCUCCAUAUUACUGUCGCAGACACAUCACAUGACUGUGCUCUCCAUAUUACUGUCACACUGGCGAUACGGCCAUCAGCUCUCGUUUUCUCCUGUGUUUUGUUUCUGGUUGGUUUGUUUGAUGCUGCAUUUCUGAUCGUUUUUGAUUUGUUUUCCCUCCCGGUUUCCCACGAGGAGAGAGUGGAGAUGCUGGUGUGAGCUGCCCCCCCACCUGCCCCCCCUCAGCCUGUCUGCUAACGGGCUGUAGGACCAGGAGACUGCAGGGGCCUCCUGAGGGGGGCCUCCUGAGGGGGGCUCCUGAGGGGGGCCUCCCGAGGGGGCCUCCCGAGGGGGCCUCCUGAGGGGGCCUCCUGAGGGGGCCUCCUGAGGGGGGCCUCCUGAGGGGGCCUCCCGUCCUCUCAGCCUCCGCUCCUUACCUGCACUGAUCUGAAACCACAGGACAGGUAACAGCGCUGUGGUGGACACCUGCAGGGUGAUCUGCUUAGACCUGGCCGUCUGGUUUGAGAUCAGUGCUGGUGACCGGUAAAGAAUCAGUAGGGAAGCAAGGCGUGUUGUUGUGAGUUUUGAGGUUCAUCAGAUAAGGACUGUGGUUGGAUUCGGAGGGUUGUGUAGUGACGCGACUGUGGAACUGUGACUGAUAACGCCACCAAAACAAUGUUGCUUGUGUGAGUAGGAGGUGUAGUGUGUGUGUGUGUGUUGUAUGUACGUCUGAAUGUUUUGAAUGUACGUGUGCAGAGACACAUGCAAGUAUGUACCUUUUUAUGUAUGUAAGUAUCAGUGUAUGUGCGUUUGUGUAAAUAUAUUAUUUUAUUUUCCUUGUUUUUUUAUGUGAACUUUGAGUGAGAUUUCAAUCCAGAUUCCCUCAACACCCCCCUCUCCCCCACACCCCACCCCCACCCUGAAAAUGGUUCCUGUAGGAUGGACUGGGGAACUGGGAGACCAGGGAUUUAGAUGGAACAGAGGGAUCAUUUCCCCCUGAUACUGGCUCCUAACUCCACCCAUCACCCAAGCAACAGUUAACGACUAUGGAUAAAACCGUGGAAUCUGUGACAAUGUUUGUUGUUGUCCGACGUGACGCGGGCCAGAUGCUGCCUGGCCCGGUCUGGCCUGGGUGUGUGACCAGGGCCAAUAAUAUCAUGUUGUAUUUAACCAGUGACAAAAAGGACUGUCCAAUUGAAUAAACAUUUUGUUUAAUCAUU